AUGAUAACAGCCACAACUCCUGUUGAUUUAAGAUUGAUGAUUUUUAUGCUGUGUGUGGUGUCGCAGGUUGUUGAUGGAGAACAGCAAAUGAGAUGCCUUCCAAAAGAGAGGGAAGCACUCCUCCAAUUCAAGGCUGCCAUUGUUAAUCGUUAUGCCAUGCUCUCUUCUUGGACCACUCCCGACUGCUACCAAUGGGAGGGGAUUCGCUGCAGCAACCUCACCUCCCAUAUUAUAGGCCUCCACCUUCAUGGAGACUAUUAUGAGUUUUAUGUGAGGGGAGAGAUCCACAAGUCGUUGAUGGAGUUGCCAAAAUUACAGUAUUUGAACCUCAGUCAUAAUUAUUUUCCAGGGAGUCACAUUCCAGAGUUUCUUGCUUCUCUCAGAAACUUGAGAUAUCUUGAUCUCUCGUUAUGUGAUUUUGGCGGAGAAAUUCCCAGUCAAUUAGGCUUUCUUUCUCAUUUGAAAUACUUAAAUCUUGCUUGGAAUUCUUUAGAGGGUUUAAUCCCUCAUCAGCUUGGAAAUCUCUCCCAAUUGCGGCAUCUUGAUCUUAGUGGCAAUUCUUUUAAAGGAAAUAUACCAUCUCAACUAGGAAAUCUCUUCCGGUUGCAAUAUCUUAGUCUCAAUGGCAAUUCUUUUGAAGAAAAUAUACCAUCUCAACUUGGAAAUCUCUCCCAUUGCAGUAUCUUGAUCUUAGUGACAAUUCUUUUAAAGGAAAUAUACCAUCUCAAUUUGGAAAUCUCUCCCAGUUACAAGAGCUCUAUCUUUCUGAUAAAAUCAUUUGGAAAUGCAUGUUCUCUGUUGUCAUUGGACAUCUCUAAUAAUAGCUUGAGUGAUGAGCUUCCAAUCAUAAUUUCUCACUUGUCUGGAUGUGCUAGAUAUUCAUUACAAGAAUUAUGUCUACACAUGAAUCAAAUCAGUGGCACACUACAUGACUUCUCAACAUUCACAUCUUUAAAAAGAUUAUAUCUUUCUGAAAAUAAGCUAAAUGGAGAGAUCCCAGAGAAUAUUUCAUUUCCAUCUAAACUGGAGGAACUCUACAUAGAUUCAAAUUCUUUAAAAGGUGUGCUUAGUGACUAUCAUUUCACUAACAUGUCUAAGUUACAUAUAUUAGAUUUAUCUGAUAAUUCAUUGGCAUUGACAUUUACCCAAAAUUGGGUUCUACCCUUUCAGUUGUUCAUCAUAAACUUGAGAUCUUGCAAAUUAGGUCCAACAUUUCCGAAGUGGUUGCAGACACAAAAUAAAUAUUUUAAUAUUGAUGUUUCAAAAGCUGCAAUCUCAGAUAUUGUUCCUAAAUGGUUUUGGGCUAAAUUACCACUGCAAAAAGUAACGACAAUGAAUAUUUCAUACAAUCAUCUGCGAGGAGAAAUUCCUAUUGAAAUAGAAAAAUUAUCUGGAUUGAUCUCAUUGAACUUAUCAAGAAACAAUUUGAUUGGAAAAAUUCCUUCAAACAUUGGAAAGUUAGUAUCACUGGAUUCUCUUGAUUUGUCAAGAAAUUGGCAUGUUGGUUCAAUUCCUUUAAGUCUUGCUCAAAUUUAUGGACUUGGUGUGCUAGAUUUGUCUCACAACCAUCUAAGUGGACAAAUUCCUAUAGGUACACAAUUACAGAGUUUCAAUAAAUCUAGUUAUGAAAAUAAUAUCGAUCUAUGUGGAUCACCACUCGAGAAUUGUUAUAUUGAUGAGAAGCUAGCACAAGAACCAAAUGUUAAAGUUUAUAAAGAUGAAUAUUCAUUUUUCAAUAAUGAUUUUUUACAUAAGUAUGGCAAUUGGAUGUACUCUAAGUUUCUUGACGGUGUUUGGCUCAAUCUUAUUCAAGCUUUCUUGGAGACAUUCUUAUUUCAACUUCUUGAAUAA